AUGCCUGCAACAACGGAAAUCUGCACCCUCACCCUCGCACCCGGGACCGACAUCAACGACCCCAACAGUGCCGCUGCAGCGGUGCUGAAGGAAUGCAACGACACUUUGGCCAGCCAACCGGGCUUCCAGAAAUUGUGGUACGGGACAGCAGUCGAGAAGCCCGAGAUGCUGCAAUUGUUCAUCGACUGGAAUAGCAAAGCCGCGCACGAAACAUUCCAAGCGGCAGCAGACACCUACGCCGCCUUCCGCUCGCACCUAGCCAAACUGCACACCGGCACGCCGCACGUCGUGCACGUCGACUUCCUACCCGAAGGCGGUGUAGCAGCCGCACUGUCAGCGAAAGUGACGCAAGUCGCAACCUUUUACUUCGACGGCGCGCCGCCUGCCAACGCCUUUGAGGGGGCCGAAACGCUCAUCACAAGGCUGAUUGGGAACGAGGAUGUCAAUGUUUCCGGGUGGGCGUAUGGGACUACGCAUGAGGUUGUGGAGAAGGAGGGGGUGAGGGGCAGGGCGAAUGUGCUUGUUAUGGGGUGGGAGUCUGUCGAGGCGCACGCUGCUUCGCACGAGACGCGCACGCUCAAGGAGAAUAUUCAUUUGUUGACGACGGGGGAUGUCAAGACGUAUGAACAGGUGCAUGUGCCUGCUACGCUUUAUCGGCGGGGGUAG